AGACGAGAAGAGGUAGAAGAAGAAAACGGAAGAAGGACGCGAAAAGAAAGCCGUUUCUGCUUCUGUGCAGGUUGAAUUGAUAAGCAGUUGAGAAAAGCGGUGGUAGUGGACCAUGCUGAGGGCCUGUGUGAGAGGCGCUAAGGCCACAGCCCGGAAGAACACCAGGAGAAUCCCACUCACCAAUCUGCAACCAUGCCGGCAGUACACAGCAGGAGGGAGCAGUGGAGCCGCUAAAGUGGUGGCUGCUGGCCUGCUGACAGUGGGGGGGGGCGUUGGAGGAACAAUACUCUACGCAAAAUGGGACCACAAGUUCAGAGCCGCUGUGGAGAACAAUGUUCCAUACUCAGACUGGCUCCUGGGUCUGGCUCUGGGACCUGCUUAUCAAGGGGACAUCAUGAAACAGGUGGAGAUGGCCCAGCCUCCCUCCAUGAUGGAUAAACCAGGAAAGGCGCCCAAAGGGAAGAAGGCGCUGAAGGAGCCAGGGAGUCCAGCCAAAGAGACAAGUCCUGUCCCCUCACAGCCUGCACAGAGCAUCGAGGAGGCUUCAGCAGAGGCAUCUCAUAUCAUCUCAGCCAUCAGUGAGAUCUCCACGGUGCCUGCUCCAUGUGACACAGAGUCAGCAGUCAAAGAGGAGUGCAAAGAGUGUCAGCACCAUGCAGACCCAGCAGUGGUUGCCCCUCACACGGAGCUCCCACUGAGAGAGAGACCAGUAGAGGAAGUGGCAGCUAGACUGGCUCAGCAAGACCAGAAAGAGCAGGACACCCUAUCAUCUGUAUCAGCCAGUCUGGAGGAGUGCCUGGCUAGCUCGGCUAAAGCCACCCUGCAGGCCAUUGGCGCGCAGGAGGCAGCCGUGCAGGCUAUCACGCAGCACAUCCACAAACUGAAGGAGGCCAUGGAGGCAGAGGUCCCACCUCCGGAGAAGUCGUCCCAGUGGAAGGAUCUGGAAGCAGCUCUAGCUGAUAGAACCUCCGCUGUCAAUGAUGCAGAAACUGCUCUGUUGAAGGCCAAGGAAGCCCUGGACAGUCUCAAGUCAGAGAUUGACAAGUCUAAGGGACUGAAGGUCUCUGCUGUUCGCCCACUGGUUCUAGCGGCAGAGGAGAACCUCCAUAACAUGGUGGUGGACUUGGACCGAGUGGUGACUAAGUUGCAGUCUGCAGAGUCCGAAUCUAAGAUUGUCAGCCAGUACAGUGACCUGGUUAAUGAAGCCAAACUACAGUUCCAGAGGGAAGUAAGCAGCCUCACUCCAGAGAUCCAGGCCAACUGGAAGGGCCUCACUGGUAAACUGUCAGCGGACGACCUGAACGCCCUGAUCGCGCACGCACACCGUCGCAUUGACCAGCUGAAUCGGGAGCUUGCUGAGCAGAGAGUCAGAGAGCAGAUCCACAUCGAUGCAUCGCUGGAGCAGCAGAAGCUGGAGGACCAGAAAGCCCUGGAGAAGGCCGUCCUCACCGCCGUGCAGCACAUCAAGGAGGACACGCGGCUGGAGCAGGAGAGGAAGCUGUCUGAAUUGAGGGAAGUGAUGGAGGCAGAGAUGAGGACUCAGCUCCGGCGUCAGGCAGCGGCUCACACAGACCAUGUCCAAGAUGUCCUCAAAGUCCAGGAGCAGGAGCUGAGAGCUGAUGCUGAGCAGGUCCUGGGCAGUAAGUUGCUGGAGCAGGAGACAAGCUACCGCCAGCUGAGCCAAGAACAGCUGGAUAACUUCACUCUGGAUAUGAACACGGCCUACGCAAGGCUCAAGGGGAUGGAGGAGGCCAUAGACAGCCAUGUAGUAGCAGAGGAGGAGGCCCGUAAAGCCCACCAGCUGUGGCUCUCUGUGGAGGCUCUCAACUACUCGUUAAAGAUGGCUGAUGCCGACUCCCCCACCAUGCCUCUAGAGAGCGCUGCUCAGGCUGUGCGAGACAGCUGCCACGACAAUGACUUUGCCUUGGCUCUUGCGACGGCCCUCCCAGAAGAAUCCCUGCAGCGCGGCGUGUACAGCGAGGCCUCCCUCCGGGCCCGCUUCAACGCCCUUCGAGCGCUGGUUCGCCGGGUCGCCCUGGUUGACGAAACUCACAACUCCUUGUAUCAGUACUUCUUGUCCUACCUUCAAGCUGCGCUGCUGUUUGAGGCCAAACAGGAAGCACCCCCCGGCCAGCUGUGCAGCGAGGAUUUAGACCCAUUCAGGCUUCUGUCGUAUGCUAGCUUCUGCUUAGAACACGGGGAUUUGGAGCUGGCAGCUAAACUGGUGAACCAGUUGAGAGGAGAGGCAAGGAGGGUGGUGGAGGACUGGCUCACUGAGGCCAGACUCACACUGGAGACGAGGCAGGUGGUCAGUCUGCUGUCUGCUUAUGCUAACGCUGUGGGGUUAGGAACCACCCAGGCUCCCUAGGUCACAACGCUCAUGCAGCCUAGCAACCCUUAUUGGAGCGAUCCACUGAAAGUCCCUCUUUUGAGCAUCAAGGAGUCUCCACAGGUUGAAGCGCCUUUGCCAAGGGGAGUGUUUGACGCUCAAUGGAGAUUCAGUGGUGAAUUCCUUUUAAAGGGUCUGAAGUUAACCAAGUAGUUCGUAUUCAGAUGUAAAACCAUCAAGUCACUAUGGAGGAUAUUUUGAAUAAUUAAAUUAAUGCACUUCAAUCUAUUCUUGUUAAUUCAGAUCCACAGGUUUGGUUCAGAUAUUUAUUCUUCUCAUCCACUCGUUAAAGAAUACGUCAAGCUGCAUUUCUUUUUGUCAAUACUGCACACCAAUAAAUCAUGAAAAACGA